AUGGCCGGGCCUGUUGCCUCCUCACCGCAGCCGGCGGCCUCAGCCCCAUCACCGCCGGUACACCCUGUAGUAGAGGCUGCCACGUCGAGCGCGGCUAACACUGCAACACCGUUGCCUCUCGUCUCAUCAUCAGCACCGCCACCACCGCAGACUACUCCAAUCGCGCUGGCGGAGGUGCCAGCACCGGCUUCCGCUACGGCCUGUGCGUCGACACUGCCGGCUCCUGCACCAGGCGUCAAUCAGACCGCCCCUGUGGCCGUCCCGACAAUACCACAAGGAACGAUGCAGAAAACUCUGUCAACCUCAUCCCCUGCUGCGAUCGCCACAACUGCUUGCAUCGUGCAGGAAACGAUGCGAGCGUUUCGACCUCAUCCUGCACCACCCACGUGUACUGUAAUUACGCCACACGCCGUCUUUCAGGAGGAAGAACAGAAAGUGGUGGUGUCGCCUCUGCCGCCAGUUCCUCCGAGAGAAGCAAAGAAGGUGCCCAGUGCGGCCGCCGGCUCUGCAGGUAACUGGCGCAACCGCUAUGACCUGCAGCCCUCUCCGUCCUCUGGCGCCGCGCAGCACUACGGCAGCGAUCCACUCGCCACCAACGCCGCCACCUCGAGCACGCGGCGGCAGUGGACGUCGAACGCCGUUAUCAAUUCACCCAAGCCAAUGAGUAACUGGCGAGAGACUUACUGGCAGCACGUCGAUGUCCAUCGCUACGUCGCGCGCCGCUAUUUCGGUGCUCCCCCGCCGCUGGAGCAGUGA